UAUUUUUUAGUUCUUCGUGUUAUCACUAAAGUUAAAAUGGCGUCGACUGUUGUGGCUUCAGCGACAGUUCGUGCCGUCAAAGGCAGAAAAAUAUUUUCAACGAGAGCUGCGCUUACCUUAACACCGACUGCAGUGAAAAAAAUUAAAGAGUUAUUACAGGACAAAGCUGAAUAUAUUGGUUUACGAGUCGGUGUGAAACAACGAGGUUGCAAUGGUUUAAGUUAUACUCUCGAUUAUGCCAAAGAAAAGUCUAAACUUGACGAAGAAGUUGUUCAAGAUGGUGUUCGCAUAAUGAUCGACAAGAAAGCACAGUUAUCUCUUUUAGGCACGGAAAUGGACUACGUAGAAUCCAAAUUGAGUUCAGAGUUUAUUUUCAACAAUCCAAAUAUUAAAGGGACUUGUGGAUGCGGAGAAAGUUUCUCCGUUUAAUUAGUCCGAACACGAGUAAAAAGUUGUAGUUAAUAAUAUGAGUUGAAUGUAACUAAAGAACAACGUUUCUUUUAUUGUAAUACUCCAUUCGAAGUCUAUUAAUGUUGACACAUUUAAUUUGAAACUGAUAAGUAAAUUAAAUAUAUAUAGUGUAACUGAUUUCUUAAACGUGUAUCAUAAUAUGUAUUUAAUUUCAUACAUUAAGUUGUACAUAAUUUUUAUUUAGGUAUCGAUUACAGAUACGCUGUGUAAUAAUUAGUAAAAUGUUAAUUCAAUUAAUGUACAUAGAUAUGUAUAGCCAUUGUUAAUAUAUAGUAACUUAUUCUCUUUAA